CCCGUCAACAUGCCCACAACCGAGAAACACCUGCCGCCGCUCCCGCUCAAGGGCGAGUCUGCCGGAAAGGCUAAGCCGGGAACGGUUGUAUGCUCCGGCCAAACAAUGGAUCCUGGCAACACUCAGAUUACACAUUUGAAGGGGCAGAUCAAGACCUUGCAAAAGAGAAUUGCGAUCCUCGAGGCCCUCAACUCGAAAUACCGCCAAAGGCUGGAGGGGCAGGAACGGCACACUGCCAAGGUUUUUGGUGCCAUUCGUUCGGCCAUCGAAACCUUUCAUGAGGAGGAAUUCGGGGGGCUCCCGAGCGAGCUGCAUGGCGACAUCGCGCCAGGGCCAUUCGACGAAGAUGAUUGGGUUUGA